CAAAGAUAAUGCCUAAGUUGGGGUAGUGGGCAAACUGAAUCGGAAAACAGGAGAAGGCUUGGAUUGCGACUUUCUACUAGGAUGGGAAUGACAAACAUUGAGAAAAAUUGCAACACAAUUGGAACGGUUGAACAGUUCAUACAACUAUGCCAAUCACCUCCCGGAAAAGGCGAUAAGAGUGGUUAUUGGAACAAUCUGGAAAUCAUUAAAAGCACAUUAGCCUCCAUAAAUGACUUUGGAACUCGAGAAAAUUGCGUCUUACACUUUUUGCAGCACUCGAGUCUAUUAGGAGUCGAGAACCAAACAGUCAUAUGUGACCGGUUGAAUGAUAUGAUCAUUAUUACUCAGAAUGCCAUGACUGAAUCAACCACUGCUGCAUUUUGCAAUAAACUGAUAUUGUUUUGUAAAGACACAGAAACUGAAAAAUUGGUUCUUUUAGAUACACAGAAAACCCGUCUUUUUGUGAAACAACUGAUGAUCAUCUUGAAAACAAAGAGCACACCAAUAUAUCUAUCUUCUUCCAUCUGUAAGUUUUUCCUUCUUGUUGAUCCUGGAGCAUUCAAUCUGUUCUUACAGCUUAAUAUUGCUGAUAUCAUCUACAAAAAAUAUCGGGACUUGUGGAAUCAAAUAAUGCAUGAUGCCGAAACGGAUAUUGAUCGAAAACUACAAAAUAACUCUGCCAUUCGUGGAUCUCAUUCCGUUCUGGUUGAUUCAAAAAUUUCCUUCUACUCUCAAUCUUUAUCUCAAUAUUUGUUUCUAUAUGCAUAUAUUUUGUCAUCAAGUAAUGAUCGGAGUGUUCAUCAGAAAAAGAAUUUAGAGCAUAGUAUCAUUCCGAUUCCGGAAGAGUUUAUUAUAUGUUUGCUCUCUCUAACUGCGGCUCAUAAGUACGAAGUUUCAUGGGCCGCAUCUAGCGUUUUGAUUGAGUACAGCUUACAAAAAGAAGAAAAGCUUGAUGUUGUGAGGCUAAUUUAUACAGUUGUUCUGGAGCUCAUAUCACGAGAGAGGCUAAGUCAAAUAAAUUUUCGAAAUAUUGUCCUCAAAUAUAACAUCCCACUCAGUUUGACUCCGUUAUCUCUAUUGGUAAAGCUUUUGGAAGUUUCCCCAAAUCUACCAAUACUACUCAACGAUCUAGAUUAUAUCCAAACUGUCAAUGACAUCAUAAAAACAGACUACAACUUUGAUGAUAAGAGCAUGUGUCGGGUAGAUUCAUACAAGUUUUCGAUGUGUCUAACUAUUCUUAGCUUCAUGGGAGUGACAGAUGACAAAGCCAAGCUGAACAUAUCAAAGGGAGAUGCAAACAACUUCAUCAGCCAGACCUUGGAUAUUCACUGCAAAAUGCUUCAACAGUGGCCCUCUGAAAAGAUCACUACUCAACAUUGGAAAGUAUUGGAGGUGUCCAAUCAAUUAACUUAUGCCUCGUGCUUAGUUUUGCGAUCUCUAUCGAGGUCCGCAGCAUUGUUAAGAACAUACUUUACCUCAUACAAAUAUAUUGAGUUUUUGAUUAGAAUCGUAAAGUUCAACACUUCUUUACUCAAGUUUCAUGAUUCUUUUGAAAAAAAGGUUUUUAUGCACGAAAACUCUUUGCAGACCCUUGUGCUACGGGUGAUAUCAAAUCUUGUGAUUGAGUUCUCUGCCACUAGAGAUCAAUUAAACAUUGACGAAUUACUACAUUUGCUAAAUGGUUUUCUUGGAAAUGAGCCAAAUGAUGAUACUGUUAUCGCAUCGCUUUCAAUAAUAAGGAACGCUUUGUUCGGAAAUAACAAGGUAUUCAAAAAAAAGUUUUUAGAAAUUGUACGCUUAGAUAAGAUUUUCCAAUUCUGUGAAGACAGUAAUGUGGAGAUUCAGAUUCUGAGUUUCAACACUUUGAGAAACUUGCUAACAGAUUCUUUCACUGAUGGCAGCUAUAUCUACAAAGAAUUUGAUAAAUUUAAAACACCCAGGCCAAAAUAUAGCUAUGAUAUUGAUUUUGUGGAGUUUUUAAGAAUACAUCUGCAGAGCAGCAAAUCUACCAAAUUGACUUUAUCGAUUUGCUAUUGUUUGAUUCAUUUGGCAGCUUCUACUGUGGACAAUAAAGUGAGUCUUUUACGUAACAAACUGUUACUACAAGAGUUGUUGGAUCUUUUAACGGAUCCCGUUCCUAGUGAUGCAAGCUCAGACGAAAUAUGGGAAAUUAAAACUUGCAUUGCAUGGGUUGUUAUUGAUUUGACAUAUAGGGAAGAAACAACUGAUAACUACAGUGGCUCAAGGUAUAGUAACCAUUCUGAAAUUGACUUAUUGAAUGUAAGCAAUCGUUCCAGCCUUUUAAUAAGGUUAGGGUUUCAUGAUGCCCUUAAGAAAAUGGCUGUUGGAUGUCCUAACCUAGAUUUUACAGAAAGAGCAGGAAAAGCAAUUUUCCAAAUGAUUGUUUCAACAGGCAGCAGCUAGAAUAACCCGCUGCAUUGGGGUUGUUAUUAUAAUUAAAGUUGUAUAUAAACAAUUUUUAUAAAAGAGCAUCAAAAAUAAAGCCUUGAGAAUUAAGCUUUACUCGCUUUCAAUAUCCA